UGUACUAUAUAAAGCAAUCUAAUCCCUCCAGCAGCCAAAAACCAUCAGAACAAGAGUUUACAUAGUUUUUUACUUUGAUAAAAGAUAUAGUUUUUUCUUUACUUGGAAGCUUUGUCGGUAGGAAGAAUGGAAACGACAGUUCUGUUGAGCACUAGUAGGAAGGUUAGGACAUGGAAAAAGUGUUCGAAGCAGAUGAAGGAGCAAAGGGCUCGUCUGUACAUCAUCUGGAAAUGCGCCGUCUUUCUUCUCUCUUCCCAUGAUUGAUCAUCAAUCUUGAUCCCUUCUUGCUUAUGUAUUAGUUUAGUUCCGAGAUAAGGGAAGAUAAUAGAGUUUACUUUUCUAAUAGAGAGUGAUUGCAUAUGGAAAAGCCAACUAUGUAUAAUAAUGUGAACUAUAUGUUCCGAUCAUGGUCGAAAAAUCCGUUGUGUACUAUACUAGGCCUGGGCAUUUUACCCGGACCCGAAGAUCCGACCCGAAACCGACCCAAAAAAACUCGGUCCGGGUAGGAACCGAUCCGAUCAAAUUACUUUAUCGGGUCCUGUUGUAGAGGACCCGCAGGUCUUGGACCCGACCCGACCCGAACCCGAAACCCGGCGGAUACCCGAAUUAAUAAUAUAAAUUAAAUAAAAUGAAUCAAUGGGGAGUCGAAGACGGGUUAUUUGUCUACAUAGCAAAGGGGUCAGCCACUAGGAGACAACCAACUAUUGUUCUAUCUCGCAUAGUUUAGUAUAUAUACACAUUUUAAUAUAAUAAAAACACAAAUUUUAAAUAAAAUGUCAAAUAUUUUCGGAUAUAUUAAUAUUUUCAGAUUUUUUUUUUGUAUUUUUAGGUAUUUUUUAGGUUGAACCCGAACCGAACCCGA